UACGCUGAUCAGAGCUAGCCUACCUAGUACGCCUGACCCACAGGUCAGAUGAGGACGCCUCCGUGUGGUGCCUGGCACGUGCCUCACUUCCCUGCCUUCCCGUCAUCGGGGGCAGUCUGGCGUUGGAGCUGCCUAAGAAACAGGUGUGUUCAAGCCAAGCCAGCCGGAGGCGAUGUGCCAGCCGUUAGCUAGCCAGACUGUCAGCCAGAACUUGGUACGCGGAGCUGAUAGUCAGCCGCCAACCGCCCAGGUUUCUGAAGCCGGUGGACAUCAUCUAUUCAUCCAGGUUCUCGAAUACUCAAAUGGGGACUUACGGGGGCAGACGUCGAGGCCCGCAUGCCAGCGGGAGAAACACUCGUCCGAGUGCUGUCAAAGUGUUUUCCGGGUCAGGGACUUCUCUGUAACAAAAAAAAAAGUAGGCUACGAGCUUGCGAGUCGGAUUGUCAGUGCUAAAGGUUGCAGCUCAGCACGCCAUCUAUACCAUGCUGUCCGAAAAGGCCAUGAUCGGGCCUUCCACGCCACCUCGAUAUGGAUCCUUAUGAAGACGGUGCAGCAAUACCGACGACAGCCUCGUCGAUCAACGAACGCAUUUACCGCCGUCAUCGCAAGACUGAGGUACUUAACCCAAGAAAAGAAUGGGUCCCUGGUCUCGGUGUCUGGGAAGGCCCAGACUGAAACCUCCCUAUUACCGCCCAAGCUUAUUCCUAGAUGUAGCAACGUUCCGGAAGAAUACCCAGCAGCGCGAGCCCAUAGUCGCUUGAACGGCCCCCACCGGUCAAUGGGGAUAUGACACAUGGGCAGUCGACCAAUUCUUUGUUUGUUGCCAUGGUGUUGUCAUGGCUCGCGUUCAAGGCCGGUCACUGACUCAACGCAAAUGGAAAGACCGAUAGGUCU